UGGAAGUUGGUGUGCCCUCUGUUGCAGAAGGAAGGAAUUUGGAGCAAGCAAGUGCUUCAGAAAUGCUAAGCACCUGUGAGUCUCAUUGGCUUCACCUGCAUGUGCCUCGCUGUCCUGGAAGGCAGGCCCAAAGCCUCAGAUUAGUCAUCCCAAAACUGAGGUUCUUAGCGUGGGAGGCUGCUUUCGACUGCUUUAACCACUUUGUGCCAGGGGUUCCCUAAAAAGAGGAAAAGAUGGCAGCACCUCCAAGGCUUAUGGAUGGAGGAAUCCACACAACUAGAGAUCACUAGAUGGACUCCCGCGGAAGCCGCCUCGCUGGGGCAGCCGUUCCGGGCCUCCCGCCCGCCGCCACCCUGGCGCUGCGCUGCCUGGACGGCGUUUUCCUCUCGCCCAACGAGGAUGACUUCGUGGGCCGGAUCGUGGAGGAGCUGGAGCAGUUCCUGCUGCGGGGCCAGCAGCACAGAGUGCUCCUGUUCCCCCCUCUGUCCAGUCGCCUCCGGUACCUGAUCCACAGGACGGUGGACAACGUGGAUUUGUUAAGCAGCUUUUCCGUGGGGGAAGGAUGGAAGAGGAGGACGGUUAUCUGUCACUCGGCCAUACGGCUGCCCGACGAGGCCGGCGACCAAAACCCCAGCGCCGCCACGCCGAGGCCGCAGCGGCCUCCCGCUCUGCGGGGCCGGGGAGGCCGAGCCCCCGGGCUGCGUUCCGGCGCGGAGGCGCCUGGGGACGCGUCUCGAGCCAGCAGAGGAUCCGGCAGGAUCAAAAGGCCGCCCCGGCGGAAGCCGGAUAAAGCCCUGUACGUCCCCAAGGCGAUGCGCAAGAGAGCGGAGUGGCGGGGGAGCCAGAGCCCGGUGGCCGCCGGCGCCGAGCCCAGCGGGGACGUGGCACAAGGAGACGAGAUCUGCCCUAAAGCUUCAGUCCGCGAUGCCCGAGGCGAACUGGGUAGGUCCGAAGGCAGCGCGGAGUCGGACGCGGCAGCCGGUGGCGUCUCUUUGGCCCUUGGCAAGGAACAAGACCUGGGAGAAGCUGGUGAAGAGUCUGUUUCAGGAAAAAAUGAUGAUAAAAACGAUGACUGUCCUGCCUGCUGUACGGACGUGCCAUUGCUGGAGAGCAGUAACGACGUCCCUGGGCAGGAAGGUCAGGACAGAGACUGCUCAGCUUCCCUCGCUUCUGUACACAGCGAAAACCUAAGCGAAGCAGAAGAGCAAGCUGAGAGCUGUGACAACGCUCUUACGUUGGAAGGUAGCAAAACCCCCUGCCAGCUGCAAGCUCAGGACCAAAACAGCUGGGAUGCCGGCGUGCUGGAAGGCAGCAGAAACGUCUCCCAGUCAGAAAGUCGCAGCAGUCACCACUGCACAGACGUCGCCGCAGCAGAGCCUAGUGCAACGUUGCUGGCCCUGGAAGCCCAAGAUAAGAGCUGUACUGAUGCCAAGACCCUGGGGAGUGGCGAAAACCUGCCACCGCUAGAGGAGCAGAGCAAGGACUUUGUGAACGCUGGCACGGUGGAGCCGAAUAAGAGCUUGUCAGAACUGGAAAGCCCGGAUCAAGAUUGCCCCCGUAUCGCCCAGGUGGAGCACGACCAACACCAAAGCUCCCCAGAAACCCGAGAUCAGCAUCUGACUGCGCCUGACCCUGUCUGUGGUGAGACCCCGUCGGCUCCUGACACCCCGAACCAGCGCGGGGUCGAUGUUUCUGUGCAGAGCCACGGCAGAAAGGUAUCCUUGCCGGAAGAGGGGGACAAGGAGUGUUCGGGCUUGGCUGAUGCGCUGUGGCACGAGCUGCAGUUGUCUGCGGGCGAUAAAGGUGAGGAGAACCCGGCCGGCCGUGAGCAGGAGAACAGCUUUGAGGAUGACUGUACCGCUGAGCUCUUGGAAGAGAUUGCAGCUUAUUUAACCGUGAAGGACAUAAGCAUUGAGAAGAUCAAGUUUGAUUAUUCCAGUUACGGAGAUGCGCAGCUCAGCGAAGGGGACUUUGGGCACGUAAUUGAAAUCUAUGACUUCUCCCCGUCGCUGAAGACGGAGCAGCUCUUAGAAACGUUCUCCGAGUUCCAUGAGAGUGGAUUCAAAAUUCAGUGGGUCGAUGAUACGCAUGCCUUGGGCAUCUUCUCCAGCCUGACAACAGCAUCUCAAGCCCUGGGGCAAAGUUACCCUUCUUUAAAGAUCCGACCAUUGAUCCAUGGGACAAGGCAGUCUAAAAUUAAGGCACUUCAGCGACCAAAGCUCCUUCAGCUUGCAAAAGAGAGACCCCAGACCGACACCGCGGUGGCGAGGAGGCUGGUGACCAGGGCUCUGGGACUGAAGCACAAAAAGCAGCGCGUCUCAGGCAGCGAAGUGCUCCCGCCAGAAAGCUUGGACCAGGAAGAGCCAGCCAUGCCCGCUAAAGGAGAUGUAUAGAUGAGCAUGGCUGUGAUAUUAAACUGCAUGCAGAACAGUGAGUUGCCACUGGGAUGUUCUCUUACGGGUUUAGUACUGGCAUUUUCUCUCUAAAGGUGGGAAGGGAAAAAGUUUAAUGAGAUGUGGAGCUAGAGAAGCAGGCCCUGCGAGUGUUGCAGAGCGUUGAUGAGCUCUGCGUUGUGCAGAGCACCUCUCCGCUGUUUCAAGGUGUUUAUUGCCCACUGAGGCACUCGCAGGAGCCAAGGCUGCUUACAAAAAAACCCCUGCUUUAAAAAGUUUAAAAAAUGCACUAGAAUAAGGGAAUUGUAUGUUGUUGGCCAAAGUUCAGCUGUAAGCAAGGACAGAGCAUUGUUUAAUGUUUACUUUGUUGUAAUGUUUUUGUUAAAAUUUCCCACAAAACUGACAAGCAUUGAAUGCAAGUGAGUUUUAGAGAUUUUUUUCUUAUUUACAUAGUAUUUAAAGAGCCUGACUUGGUGCACUGUUAGUAAGGAAAGUUGUCAUCCACUGAUUAGGAAAAGAAAACUAGAACUUGACAGUUGCUUGAUUUGCAUAGAGCCUGUGUUAAGAGAUGCUGUGAGACACCUUGUUGCAGCAGCAACAGAGCAUCCAGCACAUCUCCAACUCUGCUACACAAUCCUGCAUCUUGAGAACAAAAUGGAGUUUUCCAGCUUACAGUAGGCUAAAAACCUUUGCUAGAUGCCACCAUCUGGGCCACUGGAUAAGUCACAGAAAUACUCUGACAGGCAUUAGCAAAAGACUUCUGCAUUCUUUAAGCCUCACAACAUCCCUGUGAGGUAGGUUAUGGAGAGAAAAAGCUAGACACAGCCAGUUUCAAUACCCCUGUGGAGUUAAAUGGUCAGCUAUAAAUUAUUCAUUUAAUUUUACCUGCUUGUAGAAGUCUUCUGUACAAACACAGAGGGAGAAAACAACUUUAGUACCAGGAAAGUGAACAAGGCCCUCAACAUUCAUGGAGUGGAAAUACACAAAUGGCACGUAAAACGUUUUUCUGGGUAAAUGGAUCUUAUUCAAGUAUCUGUGUCUGAAAAUCUGUAGCAACGUGUGUCCUCAAACAAACAGAGGAGCACACUUAGCACCAUUACAAAUGUACCAAGUGUAAAAAUCCUUUUAAAGACAACUUACACAGGUGGUCUGACAGCAUGGGUCCAGAUCCCUGAUGAUGAAAGCCAUGAAGUUACCUCUGUAAGGUACAGUGAUUGAUACAAUGCCUUAACUCUGUUCAUCCUUUAAAGAAAAGACAGAGUGAAUAUCCAGCUUAAAAGGUAAUAUUUAGAUGUACGUAGAAUCUAUCAGGUGAAUAGCUUACUGUGUAAAGGAAAUUCACAGUCCAGUGGACUCAUCACCAGGAGAUCUGCUAAGUCUUCUCUAUGUUACAAUGCAGUUGUAUAGAUGUUACAAUGGAGUUGUAGCUUCGUGGAGCUGUGAUGCGCUUGUAGAAACCAGUUCUGCAUUAGCUGCUCCAUUUAAGAGGUUGUGCUGGGAGUGGAAUAUUGAAUACAAAAGUUUCACUGCAGUAUUAAAUUACGUUUUAGACUGUUCUGCUCAGAAAAAGCUGCUCCAAUUUUGUUCCUUUCCUGUAUUUCUUUGCUAAAAUGGAGUAAUCACAUGGCAGUACUGAGGAUUAGCUGUGUUCAAGAAGCAGCUUCACAAGUGGAGGCGUUUGCAUCAAUGGUGCGUUCAAGCCUGAGUCAAAGAGCUUAAAGAUACCAAGAAUAAUGCCUUGAAGAAAAUGAAUGGUAAAGACAUAUUUAGGUUGUUGGUACCCAAACAAAGCCAAACUGUGCUUGCUGCAGCCUGGACCUACAUACGUGAGUAAAGAUGGCGCUGCAAAGUGGAGGGAGGAAUCAUUACGGAGUAGGCUGAAAUGGUGAAGAUCUGGAGCCAAGUAGAAUUUAAAAGCCUGCCCCAAACUACCUCAGUAGCAGGGACCUGAGUUACAAGAGACACACGGUGGUCCGAGCACCUAAAAUUGGAGGGAAGGCAUCUUUUGAAAAUAAUUUACCUUGCUAAUUUGGAGUUUUGAUUGUUUGCUUGAUUUUCUUUUUUGUGCAGUGGUUAGGGAAAUCACCGAAGCAGGAAACCUUGCUUCUUUAAAUAGUGGGGAGGGAGGCGAUGCCGGUCUAUCGGGUGGACACCUUGUUAUUUGUGAGUCCGCUGAAGUGAUCGAACUUCUGUUCUGUUUCUUCACUGAACGAGCCACCUGGGGAGUGCAGAGAGAGAGAGCACGCUGUGAGCGAGGAGGCAGCAAAGCGAGCUUGCAGCACGCGGCAGGGAACACCUUGGCUGUUUCUGUCACCUGUGUAAGAGGCUGUGAAAAUGAAAGGCUCAAAGCAAGUAUUGGAAGAGUGAAGACUUGCGUGGGAUAAUUUAAGCAUUGGUUAAAUCUUGUCAUAACUGGAACAGCCGUGAGACCACAGGAGUACUGGGUAUAGUCGUUUAUGUAUUUGGGAGGAUAGACUACAGACUGUCCUUGAUUUCCCUGCUAACCUUUGUUGCUUAUAUAAGUUUUAAAGUUACGACUAGCAGAAUUUGUGAAAUGGUUUCCUCCUUGGGGCUGUGGUGGUAAGUGGAUUCUGUUUACUCUGUUCUUAACUAGGACCAUACCUUUACUUUUUGGUUAUUGAGAGACAAUAAAAGCUGAACACAA